UUUCUCUUCUAUGGGUACUCCUGUGACUAUUCUGCUCCAUCAUGAUUUGAACUGGCUAGAUUUGUGACUUGCCAAUCAUACUGGACAAAAUAAUAUGCAGAGACAAAGACAAACCCAUGAAACGCGCCCCAUCACGAGGUGGCAGUGCCCGUCAGUCACCAUAAUGGCUAUAAUUGGGCUGGAUUCUAGGCUCUUUUAAAGCAGGCCAUCCGCACAUAUUCAUAUAUUCUCCCAUCCAUUGUGUUUGAUUCCUCUGUCCGUAAAGCAAGAACAGAUGAUAGUCUGUUCUUGUUAUGCGGGGAUGAUAUCGUGAUUGAAUAUACUAAUUUAUUCUGUGGACGUGGUAGGGAAUCCAGUUGAUGAUGGAGACAGUUCCACCAUCAUACCAGUUCGCCACCACCAGGGACCCCUGGUCUAUUAUUGCGCAGUAUAUUCCUUCGAGCGAUCUCUGUGCUGUCGCUUUAGUCUGUCGUAGAUGGCAUGGAGUCUUUAUGCCGUUCCUAUGGGGAAACCCCGCUUCUCACUUUGGAACGGAUAAUGAUGAUGUUUACGUCGCCUUGACGAGGUUCAGACGAACCCUUAAGUAUGCUCGUCUUGAGGUGCGAAUGCUUACCCACACACUUCAUAUGCCUCCAGCUCUCUCAGAAAUCUACGGAGGCCCACGUGCGGAGUGGCUGAGGGAGAUUCUUGGAUACCUACCAUGUCUUCAGUCGUUGGUAGUCUCUGAGUUGCCUUUUUUUGAUCACAAUGCCAUGAUGGCGUUGAGAGGAGCUGGAAAGCCGGAGCAAUCACCAAACGGAGGUGCCUCUCGGACUUACAAUAUUCGCCUCCUUCUGGCGGAGCGCGAGCCAAAUACAACCUCACAAGGCAUCGCAGAGGCAUUAUUAAGUUUCCCGGAGCUAAUAUACCUUGAUCUAUCGUAUACCAGCCCCGCAAGGGACCGAAUGAUCUUGUCUGCGCUAUCUCGGCUUGAACGUCUGCAAGUGCUCAAAUUACGAGGAAUCGGCCUGAAGGACAACGAAGCAGAGCUCCUGGCUAAUGCUAUCGGUCUCAGAGUCCGUUUUCUAGACCUGCGUAACAAUAAGCUCACUGACAUGGCCAUUCGAUCCUUACUACAAGCCUGCUUUUUACCCCCAGGCUAUGCUGCUCUUCGUUUAGGUCUCACUAGCGGUGCAUUCUUAAGUUCCCAUGACCCAUUCGCUGCGAGAUCAAGAUUCCUAAGUUCCCCAGUACUAGACAAAGAAUUCCGAAGGGCACUGACAUGCCCCUUAACUGGUCGUUCUUGGGUCGAAAAUCUUCCAAAUGUGGGCAUUACACACCUCUAUAUAGCAGACAAUCAGAUUACUGUCGAGGGUGUCGCAAGUCUUCUAGCAUCGACUCGGCUUCAUGUCCUUGAUGCAGGGACUGUGGAUACGGCAAAGUAUAUCACUUCGGGGUCGAGCUCUCUUUCCCCAACCCGUGCAGGACAACAAGCACUCCCAGGUGCUGAAAAGCUGAUACCCAUUUUGGGUACCCUUGCAAAAGAUAAUCUGACCUACCUCCGGGCCCACCAUCCGAUUUGUACGUCUACUGCACCACAGAGGUCCUCUACACCAUCGCACGAGUUUCUGUACGAACUGUCAGAAGAGAAUGAGACCAGAGGUUAUCUGGAGUUAGAUAGUACUUCGUGUGGGAUUUUUGAGCUACCUGGAGAUACAGCUCCUCCGUGUGAGCUUCCGGGGUCAACACUUUCUAGACUCUCGGGCGACCAUGAAGAAAACAGUACUAAUAGGAACAGCACUUACGAAGAUGAGUCUCUAACGGCCAGAAGGAGGGCACCUAUCUUCGCAUCCGAGGUCUUAGAAGUCCAGAGUGAAGUUGAUACCAAUAAUUUUACAAGGAACCUUGGAACAGGGACCCAGUUUACAGUACAGACGCAAGACGGCUCAAUCAUGGACACUUCAGGCGUUUGUAUACACCUUAAUUCGCUGGGCAUCAUCCCACAAUGUAGCUCUCCUGUGUCUAUGGAAGACUCACGAGCUCAAAAGAUUCAGGAGCUUCUCGCUAAGAGGCCUAAGGUCUACUUUCCAAUCCGAAGAAACAGCAAGGAAGCGUUCACAUCACAUCUUCACCCUUCUCAUAUUCCCCAUGUGGAAACUUUGGUGCUAACGGAUGUCCCAUCCCACGUCCCGCUAAAUUCCCCGAUACUAGAGUAUUUGAUCGAAUUCAUAACGGCCUGUUCAAAUGAAGCAUUGCUAGCAACUCUUCAAGCCGGAUCGGACUACUCUCUCCCGCCAGGACAAGAUAGAGCGAGAGCAGAACAAGAGCGUGCAAGAUCUCUCUUCGCUAUACGCCAGCUAGUCCUAGAGAUAACACCGACCAAACCACCAUAUCCCACCAAAUCAACAGCUUGGAAGUCCGUUAGCGCACAGAUUGGUUCUCAGAAGUCGAGCACGGGAAACCGAGACCUAGAGCAGCUUUGGUCCGCAGCAAUGGACGACUUCAGUUUCUUCGAUGAAACUGAAUGCGGAAUACCAGAGAGCGACGCGGGGAAAUAUUUCCCUAUGGCUGCCCUCAAUGAGAAGGUCACCCUCACACCAGACGACGAAGAUUACGACCGUCAGGGCAUCUCAGAGCUAGAAGCUUCCUUCCCCCCACACAUACCGGUACCAAGGAGACAGGUUCCUAAUAAAACCCCCCCGCUGCAACCGUCCGCGAAGAAUCUUUCGGUUUCUCCUCCCCCGGCUCCAGAGGUUGACCUUGUCUCUGAGCUGGCCGCCUUCCGACGGAGAAAGAAAGGCGAGUACGAGCAAGUCGUACGAAAUAGCUACCAACGACGGAGCCUGAAUGGGUCCCUUUCUCCUCAACCCACCCUUUUCACAGGAUCCGAGUCUGCGUCGGGUUCUACCAGGGCUAUUUCACCCUCUCCAAGCUUAAGGGGAUUGAUGUCUGCGCCUCUUACAUCUAUUGCACACCAUGUUGAAGGGCAUUGGAAAGGAGAGGUAAAAAUAGUCCGGAAUGCAGCUCCCAAGGGACGAAGUGGGAUGGUAGAUAUGUAUGGAAAUUACUUUGAGAAGGGGUAUUUGUAUCCCUAA